AUAUUUACACACGAGUAAAAUUGAUAAAAUUGAAUGGCGAAUGAGGAAGACAAGGCUAACUAGAAUUAAAUAGCAUUUGCGCGUCGAGUUGGUCGCGUUCACUAGUGUCAGUCUGCUACAUAAGCAAGCGUUUCAGCUACAUGCGGUUGUUCAUCGAUAGUGCACCGAUAUGUCGCACAACGAUUUGAUUUUACCCCGGGUGAAAUUGUCCCUGAAGGGAAUCGAGAACAUGUCACAGUCGGUUGUGGAUAUUGACGAAGAAUCGAAAAAAUCAGCCAAAGAAUUGGUCUACGCGACAAGAAGGACUUUCGAGACCGGCAUCACUAAGUCGGUGGCUUUCAGGAAAAAGCAGCUCAACGCCUUGCUGAAAUUUUUGAGGGACUACGAAGAAGAAAUUUGCGAAGCGAUCUUCAAAGAUUUGAGAAAACCUAAGCACGAGACUGUGGUGACGGAAAUUGAGUUUUUAGCCAAUGAAAUUAGAAAUAUGUUGUACCAUUUGGAUGAUUACUCGAAACCGAAGAGUCAGGAUAAGGGAUUUGCCAACUUUUUUGAUAAACUCUAUAUUUACAAUGAUCCUUAUGGUGUUGUGUUAAUUAUCGGAACUUGGAAUUAUCCUUUGCAACUCUCUCUUGGUCCCCUUGCAGGAGCAAUUGCUGCAGGAAAUGCGGUUAUAAUAAAACCAUCAGAAUUGGCCCCUGCUACGAGUUACCUGCUCCAAAGUACCCUCCCAAAAUAUCUAAACAGCGAAUGUUACCCCGUUUACGCGGGAGGAAUCUCUGAAACGACCGAACUGCUGAACGAAAGAUUCGACUACAUUUUCUUUACUGGUUCAACUAAUGUCGGCAAGAUUGUUUAUCAGGCUGCCAACAAAUAUUUAACACCUGUUACUUUAGAAUUAGGAGGAAAGUCUCCAGUGUAUCUAGACGAACAUGUGGAUAUGGAAAUCGCAACCAAAAGAAUAUUAUGGGGAAAACUGAUGAAUUCCGGACAAACAUGCAUUGCUCCAGAUUAUUUACUUUGCACCAAAAGCACACAAGAUAAAUUUCUGAAAGUGGCAGAUCGAAUUAUCAAAGAAUUGUACCCGGGAAACAUUCGAACAAAUUCAGAUUAUGCGAGGAUAAUCACCAAACGUCAUUUUCAGAGAUUAUGUUCACUGAUGCAAAAUCAAAAGGUCGCAAUUGGUGGUUUAACAGACGAAAAGGAUUUGUUUAUUGAGCCUACGAUUUUGGUGGAUGUUAGCGUGAAUGAUGAUGUUAUGAAGGAGGAAAUCUUUGGACCGAUCCUUCCAAUUAUUAACAUAAACGAUAUGAAUGAAGCCAUUACAUUUAUCAAUAGGCGUGAAAAACCCUUAGCUUUGUACGUUUUCAGCAAAAAUUCGAAAGUUAUAAACACCUUCUUGGACAAGACAUCGAGUGGAGGUGUAUCUAUUAAUGACACAAUCAUGCAUAUUACACCAGAUUCUUUGCCAUUUGGAGGAGUAGGAUAUUCAGGAAUGGGAGGUUACCAUGGCAAAUAUUCUUUCGACACGUUUACUCAUAAGAAAAGUGUCUUAAUGAAAAACUUGCAUGCUUUGCCGGAAAAAAUUCAAAGCACCAGAUAUCCUCCCUACAGUAAAAACAAAACUAUGUUCGUAGUGGAGGUGAUGAAGAAAAGAAGGGGGGUUUCUAUGAAGUUUUUGUUAUAUAUUGGUAUAUUCAUUUUGGGAAUACUGUUUACUAUAGCUGUUUAUUAUUUGAAACUAUAUAUUGAUAAACAACAUGACUAGGACACCUAGUCACCACAAUUUAAAAAACUUUGUUAUUUUUGUGCUUGCCAGUUGUUAAGAUUAGGUACAAGGAAGUGUUAUCUAAAUUUUAGCUUAUUGAGUUUUGUUAUAAUGUUUUUAAACAAUGUGAUUUAGUAAUUUAAGGUUUGUGAUUUUAUACUAUCGAAAAUACAAAUUUUAUUAAAAAGUUUUGAA